AUGCAGAUUCUACAUUUCGAUAUCAAGCCACACAAUAUUCUUUUGGGCGAGAACUUCACAUCAAAAUUUGCAGAUUUUGGUCUUGUUAAAUUGUUUUUGGUGGAUGAUAGUAUUGUAUCUAUAACCGUAGCACGAGGUACAAUAGGAUACAUUGCUCCUGAACUGAUCAACAAAAACCUCGGAGGCAUCUCGUAUAAAGCCGAUGUUUAUAGUUUCGGAAUGUUGUUAAUGGAAAUUAUCGGAAGGAGGAAGAACAUGAAUACAUCUGUUGAGCACGAAAGUCAGAAAUACUUCCCAUCGUGGAUUUAUGAUCGGUAUUAUCACAGUGAUGAUGUAGAUUUGGGGGAUGUUACGGAUGACGAAAAGAUCAUGGUGAAGAAGAUGGUGAUAAUAGCUUCUUGGUGUGUACAAAUAAAGUACGGUCAUCCUUCGAUGAGCAAAGUGUUGGAGAUGUUGGAAACCGAUGUCAAAUUCCUCCGAAUGCCGCCGCAACCUUUUCAACUUCCCUUUGAAGUUCCAACAGAUCAAUCUCAUGGUUCUAACACAGAUCUAUCCCAUGACUAUAGUUCAACUUGCGAGACAUCUACAUUACUUUAUUCCUCAAAUGAAAUUAGCAUAGACAUAUUGUAA